UGCCUGCUAGGGCAGAGCCAAGCUGCUUCCAUCCUGGGGAGAAGCCGCUGCUCUUGCUGCAGAAGUGACCCUGCUUCUCCUUGCUCUCCUUCAGGUGGUGGCAGGCAGCCCUGUUACAGGCAGCGAACUCCAAGCCGCUGCCUUACUGCUGAUGCAAAACCUGCACAGCAGGUUCCACAGAGCUGUGGGGGCCAUGUGGGCUACUGAGAUCCCCCUGCUGCUGCAGUGUCUUGAAGGGAAAGGGGAGAGCUUCUUGGACUCUGCAGAGUUUGAGCGCCGUCUGCUAAAGUUCCUGAGGGCGUCAGUAGACACCACAGAGGAUGAGGCCUGGACCGAGGCCCUGAGCUGCGAGCUGAGCCGGUGGCUGAGCAGCUCUGCCAGCAGCUCUGGAGAAAAAUCUUUCCUGUACAAGGCUCUGGGGACAGUGCUGGGAGCCUGUAAGAGAGUCCUCCACGUCCAGGAGAAGCUGAUGCAGCACCUGGAGGAAGCAAACGCGGAGGAGCCAUGUGAGGCCCAGGGAAUCAUCUCUCUUCUCAGCCAUGCUGCUGAGAGCAAAUUCCAGACAGUCCUGGCCACGCUCACCAUGUUUGCGUCCAGGCUGUGCAAAGGCCGCAAUGCAAGGAUUUCCAGGCGCAAGAAGGUAAAGCGUUACGG